CCAGCUCCUCCCCUUCAGUCUUGCACAGGUGAACUGGCUCCUCCCCUUCAGUCUUGCACAGGUGUAGAGGCUCCUCCCCCUCAGUCGUGCACAGGUGAACUGGCUCCUCCCUUCAGUCUUGCACAGGUGUACCGGCUCCUCCCCUUCUGUCUUGCACAGGUGUACCGGCUCCUCCCCUUCAGUCUUGCACAGUUGUACCUGCUCCUCCCCUUCAGUCUUGCACAGGUGUACUGGCUCCUCCCCUUCAUUCCUGCACAGGUGUACCAGCUCCUCCCCUUCAGUCUUGCACAGGUGUACCGA